GUGCAGACAGAAGCCCUACUCGCGUUUCUAGGGGUGCAUCCUGUGUUCAGCCCAACUUUUCCCAGAGCUCUGGCCCCCCCCCAUGGAGGCAAGCCCAAUCUGCCUAAUCAUUCGGCUCCUGGAACCCAUCCAUUGGACAAUUUCUGUCCAGUUUCCACUCCAGGGUGGCCAAUGGGUAAAGGCACCACCUGUUACUCGAGUCCCAAACCCAGCAUUGUUCUGGAAAUCUCCAGUGGACCCAUCGGCAGGACCUGUCCACUCAGUUGGGCCACUAUGGCCACCAUCACUGGUUUGGAUGACCCCAGCCUCCUCCCCUGUCCUCUCCUCGCUGCAGGUGCCUUCACACACAGCCAGAGGUACCAGGUCAUUCUCCUGCUGGGAACCACAAGAUGGCUUUCCUUGUUCCUUCCAACACAUGUUGAGCUACAAACACGGUUUCUUACCUCAGGUCCUUUGCACAUUCAGCUCCCACUCGCUUAAGCCAGCUUUGCUGGGUAUUUACCCACUUAACAAGCACAUUCUUCUCUCCAGUGUGCAAGCCCCUGGGGACCCAGCGCUUGACUUGGAACUCACCCCUGUAGUGGGGGAAGGGGUGAGGAGCGACACAAUACACUGGAGCAAAUAACAGACAACACGAGGACCGUGGAAAGAAGCAGGGGACUGAAACGUGGGGUGUGAGUUGCUGUGUUACCAAAGGUAGCCAUGAAGAGAUAUAACGGGACUCGGCCAUUUGGGAGAGAGUUGAAGGAGGCCAAGGAGUGAAUCUUGAAGCUGAGUGGAGAAAGAGCCGGACAGGCCCAGCACCUGCAAGUGCAAAGGCCCUGAGGUUCGACUGGCAGUGUCAGUUUUCACUGGAGAAAGAGGUGCCAUUAUGGGGUGCUGAGCGUAGGGCCAGGUGGGCUGGGCUAGGACCCAGGCCAGGCCAGUGCAGGCUGGUGUCCUAAGCAUCUAGAAGGAUGAAGCACUAUUCUCUGAGGAGAAGGGGGAGCAGCUUUGGGAUUCACCAGACAUGGAGUUUCUGCCAGAGUAGUUCUGAUGUCACCCCGGGGCUGCGAAGGCCCUGGUGGCACUCAGCACAGAUUAUAGUGACUACCUUGGCCCGUUGCUCGUCCCCACAGGCAGAGCGCCCGGUGAACCUGACAAUGUCUGCAGCACAUUGGGGGAGAAAGUGGGGGGCAUGUGUCCAACACCGCCUAGACUGCAUCCUGGGGGCCCCCAAGUUGGGGGAGGCGAAGGAGGGGAAGCCGACGCACCCUCUCCUCCCCUACGUUCCCGGCCCCCGGUCCCCCGGACCCUGGCGAGGGUCCGGAGCAGUGCCGCAGGGGAGGGGGUGGAGACUCAGCGGCCGCGGGAGCGGGCGGCUCGGAGUGGGGAGGGGGCGUCCGGGAGCGCAGGCUCCGCCCCCCACUCCCGCCGGAAGGGAAGGGGAGGCGGUGGCCGGCGCGCUGCGAGCCAGACGCGGCAGCGAGCGCGGCGGGGGCGGUCUGCCCGGGACCGGGUGGCACCCAGCGGGUCGGAGCGGGCUCGCCGCCAACGCGGUCACGUGCGCGGUCCCUCCUCUUGCGCCCUGCCUCCCCCGCGCGCCGCGCUCUCCAUUCAUAAAUUCUCCGCCUGCUCCGCGGCCACCGGGCACCGGAGCCCGCCGGGAACGCCGCGCAGCCGCCCGCCCGCCCGCCCCCCAUGGGCCGCGCGCCCCGGCGCUGAGGCCCCUCCUCCUAGCUUCAAGAUGCAGCCCACGCCCACCAUGGCCACCGCCGCCGCAAGCACCGCCGCCACGGCUGCCCUGACCUCGAGGUGGGACAACACCACCAGCAGCCCCACCGCGGAGCCUGACCCCAUCCUCAACAACUAUGUGCUGCUGGUGGUGGUCCUGUCGCUCUUUGUCGGUGGCACUCUCGUGGUGCUGUCCGGAGUCCUGCUCCUGUGCAGGCGCUGCUGGGAGGUCCACCGGCGCUUCAACAGAGCCAUGGAGGAAGCAGAGAAGACCACCACCACGUACCUGGACAGCAGCGCCCAUCCAGCCCAAGACCCUGACUUCAGGGGGGAGGACCCCGAGGGCCAGGACGCGGAGACGGAGCGCUUCCUGUCCACCAGCUCCACGGGCCGCCGGGUGUCCUUCAACGAAGCAGCCCUGUUUGAGCAGAGUCGGAAGUCACAGGACAAGGGGCGCCGGUACACCCUGACGGAGGGGGACUUCCACCACCUGAAGAAUGCCCGCCUCACCCACCUGCACCUGCCACCCCUCAAGAUCAUCACCAUCCACGAGUGCGACUUGGGUGAAGCCAGCGCCACCACCCCCCCACACGCCGCUGCCGCCCCCAAGGCCAGUCUUGCCAUAUUCCAGCCCCCGGGGAAGGCCCUCACCGGCCGCUCUGUGGGCCCCAGCUCCGCCCUGCCAGGUGACCCCUACAACUCGGCCGCGGGCCCUGCCGACUUCGAGAUCAGCCCCUUGGCGUCCAGCGACUCCGGGGAAGGCGCCUGGGUGAGGGCCCCCGAGCGGCCCCUCCCCUCCCUGCCCCACUCCAGGACCGAGGCGGAUGCAGGUGCCCGGAGCACCAAGCCCGUCGGGUCAGGGGCCACAGGGGGACCCGAGGAGGCAGGUCCAGGCUCCGGGGCAGGACCCGUCCUGCAUUUCUUCACCCGCCUGCGGCGCCACACCAGCCUGGACGGGGCGAGCCCGUACUUCAAGGUCAAGAAAUGGAAGCUGGACCCCAGCCAGCGGGCAUCUAGUCUGGACACAAGAGGCUCCCCCAAGCGGCACCACUUCCAGCGGCAGCGGGCAGCCAGCGAGAGCACCGAGCAGGAGGAGGGGGACGCCCCCCACAUGGACUUCAUCCAGUACAUCGCCAGCGCAGGCGACACGGUGGCCUUCCCGCCCCCCCGUCCCUUUCUGGCCAGCCCCGCCAGCCCAUCCCCCGCUCUCGGCAGGUAUUUUGUAGUGGAUAGCAGCGUCAGGGGUGGACCUGUGGGCCCCUGCCCCACCCAGUCCCCCGCUAAGUGGCCCGGGGAGGGCUUUCCCCACCCUGCAGACAUAUCACAUUCUUCCAGCUCCAUCGUCCCUCCUGGAGACUGCCUCACUGGGGCCACCUCUCCAGCAAGGACCAGAAGAGGGAAACUGGGGGAGACUGGGCUAGAGGCAGCGGAGGAGGCGGGCGCCGCGGGAGGAGCGAGCCCCGAGUCUCCCCCCGAGCGCAGUGGUGGUGCGGGGCCUGAGCAGCAGCAGGAAUCUGAUGGUGAGCGGGACUCGGGGCCAGAGCAGGCCCAGACCACCUACCGGGAUAUCUGGAGCCUGCGAGCCUCUCUCGAGCUGCAUGCGGCUGCCGCCUCGGACCACAGCAGCAGUGGCAACGACCGCGACUCGGUGCGCAGCGGCGACAGCUCGGGCUCGGGCUCCGGGACCACCGUGCCCACUUUCCCACCGCCCUCGCCGCCCCCCACCCCCCGGCCGGCAGACAGCGAGGCGGGAGGUCCGCGAAAGCUGUUGCAGAUGGACAGCGGCUACGCCAGCAUUGAGGGCCGCGGCGCCGGCGAGGACGGGCUCCUCAGCGCGUCCGAGAAGCGCUCCUCCUUCACCAGCGCCGGCCGCACGGCCACUGUGGGCACCAGCUUCGAGGGGGCGCCGGCGCCCACCGAGGCGCCCGUCCGGCCCCGCAGCCCGCGCGCCUGGCCCCGCCGCGCCCCGCGCCGCGACUACAGCAUUGACGAGAAGACAGAUGCACUCUUCCACGAGUUCCUGCGCCACGACCCGCACUUCGACGACACGCUGCCCAGCGCCACGCGCCAUCGCGUGCGCGCGCACCCCCACACGCGCAAGCAGUGGCAGCAGCGCGGCCGGCAGCACAGCGACCCCGGCGCGCGCGCCACGACCCCUGCCCCGCCCGCGGCCCCGUUCGGGGCCGACUCCCGCCCCACGCGCGCGCCUCUGCGCCGAGGCGACAGCGUCGACUGCCCCCCAGAGGGCCGCGCGGGCGACGAACCGGCCGCACCUGCCAUCCCGGUCAUCGAGGAGGAGCCCGGCGGUGGCAGCAGCACCUGCCCCGGCUCGGGCCUGUGCGUCGGGCCCCCGGGGACGCUGCUGGACAAGCUGGUGGCUGGCCUCGAUGACAGACUCUUCCCGCCGCGCCUCGCCCAGCCCAUCGCCACCGCUCCCACGCUGGCCGCCGCCGCGCCCACGUCUCCCGACCACAGCCCUGCCUAAGCCCUGCCUCCUGCACCCACCUCGUCAGCUUCUCCGGCGCCGCCCGGGACCCCUGCCACGGGACCCGCCUGGGGCGCGACGCUCCAGGGCGCGAGCGCUGGGGCCGCGGGGCCUCGCGCGCGCACACGCGCAGGUCUUCUGGUCGCCCCCACGUGCGCGUGCUCGCGUCCUCGUGACACCCUCGAGCUGCCUCUGGUGGGCACGCGCACACGGUCCCCGUUGGGCACUUAGCAGGUGCCCUGUGGCUUCCCAAAGCGCGAAGCUGCAGGGCCCUGGCUCGGCUGGAGGGGGCGUGGCAGGCUCUCAUCUUCGGGCUCCCGGGGAGAACGUCCACCUGCCUUCCACCCUAGACAGCAGCCUCUGAGUGGUGGCGUUUUGGGCACAGAGCACCGGGAGCCGCUGGCGCAGGACCUGCUCCCUGGGGCAGGGGCGGGCGGGGCGGGGCGGCGCAUGCGCAGGGCGCCCCUACCAGGACCAGUGGAGCCUCGAGGCGAGUUUGGGCUGCACGCGCUGAAGGCCUCCCCAGGGCGCACGCGCGGGCCCUCUAGGGCCCGGGGCUCCGGAGAUCGGGGGCCGGCCGGCCGGCGCCGGCUCUGCAGCGCAGGUCGGGUGGAGGCCGCAGCCGCCAAACCCCUGAAGCUGUUUACCUCACUGCGGCAUGUGCUCGCGGCAGUCUGCGCCCCCUCCGAGCAAUAAACGACGCCUCGCUGCCACCCCCUCCCGCCGAGUUCCCACGCCCACCCAAAGCAUGUGAGUGGGCCACCCGCCCGCCCCGCGGGUGCACCGUCCAAAGAGCAGCCAGAACUCUGUCAUGUUUUAAGACACAAAACCCAAACGGCCAAGGUUUCAAGUUUCCCAAGCUUUAUUUAUUGCCAAAAGAUGGGGCAGCCCUCGCCUGCGGCCGAGUCGCCCCACCCCGCCCCUCCCCUCGGAGCUUCGUGCCGUCUGUGUACCAUCCAGUGAUGGGAGUUUCUUGUGUUUGUUUUCUGGUUGAUUAUAAAUAUUUACUGCACACUC